UGCUGUCUGUGAUAACACGAUUACACUGUGCUAAAAAUUUUAUCUAAAUAGUUUUCUGCACUACACGUUUUGAGCGACACAAUCAUCAUGGUACUCUCAAUGGACAGAUGGGCAGGCAAAAUAGCCAUAGUAACUGGUGCCAGUGCUGGAAUAGGUGCUUCCAUAGCAGAAGCUCUUGUCGAACAUGGACUAAUAGUUGUGGGUACUGCCCGUCGGUCCGAACAAAUCGAAGAACACGCGAAACAACUUUCAGGAAAAAAGGGCAAACUCUGUGCCUUCAAAGCCGACUUUACCAAAGAAGAAGACAUUCUGAAAGUUUUUGAAUGGACCAGCAAAAAUCUAGGACCCAUUCACGUCCUCAUCAACAAUGCUGGAAGAUCCCUCAACAGUACUCUCGUAGACGGUAAAACCGAAGAGUGGAAAUCAGUUCUUGACCUCAAUAUUUUGGGUUUGUGCAUUGCUACAAGAGAAGCCGUAAGAAUUAUGCGAGAAAAUAACAUCAAUGGGCACAUUUUCCACAUCAAUAGCGUCAUGGGCCACAAAGUAUUCAAUUCGCCAAAUACUAACGUGUAUCCAGCUUCCAAACACGCUGUUACGGCCCUCACUGAAACCUUGAGGUUUGAGUUCACGAAUCUGGGGCUCAAAAUUAAAAUUACUAGUCUUAGUCCUGGUUUGGUUGAGAGUGAACUGACAACUUUGGAUAAGACUAGACCAGAAAGGGCACGUUUGUUACAAACCAUGCCUAUUUUGAAGGGUGAGGAUAUCGCUGAUGGGGUUAUUUAUGCCUUAUCUACUCCAGAGCAUGUUCAGAUUCAUGAACUUACUAUUAAACCUGUGGGUGAACGAGCUUGAAUUAUUUUCUUGUUUUAUUGUAUUUC